CGGCGGGGGCUGCCCCUUAGUCUGAUUUUGAAGCUUGCCUCUCAUUGGGGGAGGGGGUGCGCCCGAGCCGUAGCGACCCGGGGCUCAGUUUAGGGACUGAGUCGGAGGUGCUGCGUGGCGGUCGGCCCCUGGCUCUGAACACCGGCCCUCCUGAGGCUGUGGCUGCUGCUCACUAGUGCUCGUAACGCCGAGGCAAGCGCCUUGUGGCUGCUGCUACCUCUCCGCCCGUCAAGCCUGAUGUUUGAGCCAAUGUCAGGACAUCAGGAAGGAAAACAGAUGGGGAAACGUAGAGACUGGUUUCAUAUCUCAGAGACUCGUAUAUAACCCUCCCCCCCACUCUCCUCCAACGCCUGAACCAGGGAGGUUUUUUUGGCAAAUGGAUUAAUUUUGCAUCAUGUAUUAAUGUUAAUCUGGCUUUGAUCCCAUUGCACACCCCCUAUCCAUUUGUCUUUGAGGUGUAAAACAAAAACAGAAUUACCUGGAAAAACUCAGCAGGUCUGGCAGCAUCGGCGGAGAAGAAAAAGAAAAAGUCUUUGAGGUGUCUCGUUUAAAGAUGAGAUAAAAUGAAGAUGGCUGAUCCAGUCACCCUUAAUGUAGGAGGACACUUGUAUUCAACAUCAAUAUCCACACUAACUAGAUACCCAGACUCCAUGUUAGGAGUAAUGUUUAGGGGAGAUUUCCCCACUGCCAAAGACUCUCAAGGAAACUACUUCAUUGAUAGAGAUGGACCUCUCUUCAGAUAUAUCUUGAAUUUUUUAAGGACUGCAGCUCUGACAUUACCUCAUGGCUUCAAAGAAAUUGACCUCCUGAGAAAAGAGGCUGAUUUUUAUCAGAUAGAGCCUUUGAUUCACUGCCUGAAUGACCCCAAGCCCCUUUACUCAUUAGAUACUUUUGAGGAGGUGGUGGAACUGUCCAGCACCCGCAAACUUUCCAAAUAUUCGAAUCCAGUAGCUGUUAUAAUCACACAACUGACAAUCACUACUAAAGUUCACUCAUUGCUGGAGGGUAUCUCAAACCAUUUCACAAAAUGGAAUAAACACAUGAUGGAUACUAGAGACUUCCAGGUGUCCUUCACAUUUGGACCCUGUGAUUAUCACCAGGAGGUGUCUCUUCGUGUUCAUCUGAUGGAGUACAUUGCAAAGCAAGGCUUUACCAUCAGAAUGACAAGGGUACACCACAUGAGUGAGAGAGCAAAUGAGAACACUGUGGAACACAACUGGACCUUUUGUAGAUUGGCACGAAAAACUGAAGACUGACCAUCCUUACAGUGCUACAUGAUGUAACUACACGAUGAACAGUAAUGGAUAUAUGGCAAUAUAAUUGAAUACCCAGGUAACCAUGUCCUGAUGCAAGUUCUACAAUUCCUAUUUUAAAGUUACUUUUUGUACAAUAGCAAAAUAUUCCUAUGCAUACUAUAACCAAAUGAUUGUUGAAAUAAAGUAUUAAAUGUGUAAGAUGUAUAUUCCUUUAUUGAAGUUUUAUGAUUAACUUUUUAACAGUACCUAAUGUAUUUUCGUUAAGAAAAUCUAAAUCUAUGAAGUUGAUGUAGCUUUUUCUUGUUCGUUCUCUCCAUGUACUUAUGAAAUAAAUGUUAGAAUAUAUCAAAA